CUCCCCGGAAGGAGCGCUGUCUUCAGAAGAAGGAUGGCAUCCCUGACGAGUUUCCUGCAGCGGUAGUCCGAGGCUUGUGUGCGCGCCGCCGCUGGUGUUGUUUAAGAAUGCUGGUGUUGUUUAAGAAUGCUGGUGUUUGUGUGUUAUUAGCGUGGAGCUGGGGCGGUUAUGUUCCUGCUUGACUUAUUUCGGGUCGUUUUGGUCUAAUACUGUGGGGGACACCAUAGAAACAUGGCUGGAGUGCCUGUGAACAAAUUCCAGAUGCUUUUAAUCAUUUGACCAAGAGACGAAGAGUGCACAAAGUCAGUUGCUCGGUGUUAGUGAUGGAGUCUGCCAUGUACGUCAUGGGUUGCGUACAAGUUGAUCUGGUUCAGGACAUGAAACGCUUUGUUUUGCCGUAGAUUCAGAAGAGACUAAAAGAAAAAUCCAAGGUUCAGUUUUUUUUUUGUUUAGAUUUCACCAUCAAGCUUUUUUGCUGCUUUGUUUCAAACGAUCGACCGGAACCAUGUCGGACCCGAGCUACUGGACUGCUCUGCCGAGUUACAAGACUCAUUAUGUGACGGGCGCUCUGCUGCAGCGUUCCAAAAGUUGCCGCAGCAGCAACCGCAAAAGUCUCGCUGUGGGAACACCUUCUCCCACCCUGUCCCGCCCUCUAUCUCCUCUGUCCGUGCCGACAGCUGGAAGCAGCCCUUUGGAAAGUCCCAGAAACUUCUCCGCCAGCGCUGCUCUUAACUUCCCCUUCGCUCGCAGUCACGUGCCCAGGACUGACAGGGCGGAUGGUCGAAGAUGGUCUUUGGCUUCUCUCCCCUCUUCUGGCUAUGGUACCAACACCCCCAGUUCCACUGUCUCAUCUUCAUCCUCUUCCCAGGAACACUUGCACCAGCUACCCUACCAGCCCACCCCGGAUGAGCUGCAUUUCCUGUCAAGACACUUCCGGAGCACAGAGAGCAUGACGGACGAGGAGGGGCGCCACUCGCCCUCCCUGCGCCACCGGUCACGCAGCCUCAGCCCUGGAAGGACAAGUGGCUCGUUUGAUAAUGAGAUUGUUAUGAUGAAUCACGUGUACAAGGAGAGAUUCCCCAAGGCCACAGCUCAGAUGGAGGAGCGGUUGCUGGAUAUCAUCACCACCUUCUCUCCAGACAGCACCCUGCCCCUGGCUGAUGGGGUCCUGGGAUUUAUCCAACACCAGCUGGUAGAGCUGGCCAGAGACUGCCUGGACAAGUCCCUCGAAGGCCUGGUCACGUCCCGCUACUUCAUUGAGCUGCAGGAGAAACUGGAGAAAAUGCUGCACGAGGCCCAUGAGAGAUCGGAGAGCGAGGAGGUCCCAGUGAUCGAUCAGCUGGUGAAGAAGAUCCUCAUUGUCAUCUCGCGCCCUGCACGACUGCUCGAGUGCCUGGAGUUCGACCCCGAAGAGUUUUAUCACCUGUUGGAAGCGGCAGAGGGUCACGCGAAGGUUGGUCAGGGAAUCAAGACUGACAUCCCCCGCUACAUCAUCAGCCAGCUGGGACUCACCAAGGACCCCCUGGAGGACAUGGUUCAGCUUGAACAAUACGACUCUGCCAAUACUCUCAUACCAGAUACAGAGGAGUCUUUAGAUCACAGUCGGGCCUCCUCCACUCCGUCACGAAGAAAACCGAGAGAGAGCGACUUCGACACCCUCAAACUGAUCAGCAACGGGGCCUAUGGGGCGGUGUACCUGGUGAGACACAGAGACACUCGGCAGCGCUUUGCAAUGAAGAAGAUCAACCGUCAGAACGUGAUCCUGAGGAACCAGAUCCAGCAGGUGUUUGUGGAGCGAGACAUCCUGACCUUCGCGGAGAACCCCUUCGUGGUCAGCAUGUUCUGCUCCUUCGAGACGCGGCGCCACCUCUGCUUGGUCAUGGAGUACGUGGAAGGUGGUGAUUGUGCAAACCUGCUGAAGAACAUGGGCCCACUCCCAGUAGACAUGGCCAGGAUGUACUUUGCUGAGACCGUGCUGGCGUUGGAAUACCUUCACAACUAUGGAAUCGUACACCGAGAUCUCAAACCUGACAAUUUGUUGAUUACAUCGAUGGGACACAUCAAACUCACUGACUUUGGGCUCUCGAGAAUUGGUCUUAUGAACAUGACCACCAAUCUGUAUGAAGGACACAUUGAGAAGGACACCAGGGAGUUUAUUGACAAGCAGGUGUGCGGCACUCCGGAGUACAUCGCCCCAGAGGUGAUCCUGCGACAGGGCUAUGGGAAGCCGGUGGACUGGUGGGCGAUGGGCAUCAUCCUCUACGAGUUCCUGGUGGGCUGCGUGCCUUUCUUCGGAGACACUCCAGAGCAGCUGUUUGGGCAAGUCGUCAGCGAUGAUAUCAUCUGGCCUGAAGGGGACGAUGCCCUGCCUGCCGAUGCCCAGGAUCUCAUCACCUGCCUGCUCAGGCAGAGCCCCCUGGAGCGCAUUGGCACGGGUGGGACCUUUGAGGUGAAGCAGCACCCCUUUUUCUAUGGGCUGGACUGGAAUGGGCUUCUCCGUCACAAAGCAGAGUUCAUCCCUCAGCUGGAGGCCGAGGACGACACCAGUUACUUUGACACGCGGUCUGAACGAUAUCACCACCUGGACUCGGAAGAGGAUGAUGAAACCAACGAUGAGGAAUCCUCUCUGGAAAUCAGGCAGUUUUCAUCCUGCUCGCAUCGAUUCAGCAAGGUGUACAGCAGCUCAGAGUUCCUGGCGAACCCCUCCAAUGUGAGCUUCUCCUCGACGGAGCGCAGUCACAGUGAGGAGAAGGAGGAGAGCAGUGGAGACCAGAGACGCACGCCAGGCAGCGGCAGGCAGUACCUUCGACCCCGGGCCUCCUCCAGCUCCUCCCAGCCCGAGCGCAGUGCCAGCCCCCUGGUGAUGAGCAGCACACACAGCCUAGAGACCAUGCCUCGACUGGCCUUCAGCACCGAGGACCAGGCGGAUGUUGUGGUCUCCAGUCUUCAGCGGAUUCGCCUGCGCAGCAACAGCACCGGCACCAAGCACUCCACUCCCCAGGACCACAUGCGCAGCCACCGCUUCGGACACCAGCUGGACACCCCAGAGAAACCCCGUGUGCCCCUCAGGAACAAGGUCCCCAAGUCAGCCUCGGUGUCGGCCCUGUCCCUCAUCAUCACUGCCGACGACAUGGGGAGUGGGCCCAUGGCGAGUCCCAUCUCUCCACACUCUCUCUCCUCCAACCCCUCCUCGCGAGAUUCUUCCCCCAGUCGAGACCUCUCCCUGGGCACUAGCAGCCUGAGGCCGCCAAUCAUUAUCCACAGCUCCGGGAAGAAGUACGGCUUUACCCUGCGAGCCAUCCGCGUGUUCCUGGGAGACAGCGACGUCUACACUGUGCACCACAUGGUCUGGAGUGUGGAGGAGGGCAGUCCAGCUCACGAGGCAGGGCUGAGAGCUGGGGAUCUCAUCACACACGUGAAUGGGGAGUCCGUGCGGGGCCUGGUGCACACGGAGGUGGUGGAGCUGCUGCUCAAGAGUGGUAACAAGGUAGCUCUGCAGACGACUGCCAUGGAAAACACCUCGAUAAAGACCGGGCCGGCCCGCAAGACCAGCUGUAAGAGCAAGAUGGCUCGGAGGAGCAAGAGGAACCGCAAGAAGGACGGGCAGGACAGACGGCGGUCGAUCUAUAAGAAGCUCCCCAAACAGCCGACUGUCCUGCACACCAGCCGCAGCUUCUCCUCUGGGCUGCAACACUCGGUGUCCUCCAGUGAGAGUGUGCCGGGGUCCCCCACGCACAGCCUGUCCCCCGGACCCUCCACCCCCUCCCGCAGCCCCGCCCCGGACCUGCCCUCGGGUGACAGCCCGUCACACAGGCUUCACGACACCAAUUCUCCCCCCAGCACAUCCCCUUGCUCCAGCACUCCCAGCUCCCCAGCAGGACACAUCCGCCCCAGCUCCCUGCAUGGCCUGGCCCCCAAACUGAGCAACCAGCGCUACAAGGUGGGACGCCGCAAAUCAACCAGCAGCAUCCCCCCCUCCCCGCUGGCCUGCAACCCCUGCCCACCCCCUCAGCCCCCCUCUCCCCAGCGCUCCCCCUCCCCUCUGCCUGGCUUCACCAAGAGUCUCCACUCUUCCUACCACGGCAAGACCCUCUCCCCUCCAACCAUCAUCCGUCACGCAGUCCGACCCCGCAGCGCCGAGCCCCCUAGAUCCCCCCUCCUUAAGAGGGUCCAGUCUAAUGAGAAACUGUCCGCUUACCACGGAGAGAAGAAGGGCUACGUACCACGCAAACGCACGCUGGAAGUCCUGGACACUGGUGAAGCUGUAGGGGACUCCGAGGGGGAGUGUGGCAGUGCGGUCGGAUACAUGGGCUCCAGUGUGAGCGAGCAGGGUCGUCUUGGCUACCUGGGAACGCAGAGACUGAGAGACGACGACAUGGUGGUGAUGAGGAAACUGAACCUGUCUGAGCGCAGGGACUUUUUCAAGAAGCAGGAAGCGGUGCAGGAGGUGAGCUUCGACGAGCCUGAUGUGGGAGCGUCCAGCGAAGAGCCACAACUAAAGGGGCCUCCCGCUUGCAGGCGGCAGUUCAAAGCGUCUUGGAUUGAGAGCGACCAGAAGGGAGAGGGGAGGAAGACUUGCGUGCCUCAGAUUGCUGUGCAGGGUUCGGAAGAGGAGAAGUCCUGGGAGUGUCAGGAGCUGUACUCCAUGUGCCAAGAUGGGGAGAGGAAGAGGGAGGCGACUGCAAUGCCAGUGCUGCUCACAACGGAGGAUGAUUUGGGAGUCAGGAAAGAGCAAAGGACCACAUCCGCUGACAUGUCACAUGCCACUUCAGAAAGAUACAAUUCGAACGAGAAACCAGGAAAGGAGGACCUGUCUCUCUCAGAUGGGAGAAGGAAAGGGAAGAUGAAAGAAUAAACCGUUGGGUUUUUAACCCAUAUCUGAAGGAACUUAAUGAAGAAAUACAUUCCAGUCUUUGAUCGCUCACAAAUGCCCCGUCUUCACGCAACCUAUGAUAAAUUUAAGACCGAACUGUCACCAACAUAGAGUUUCUACAGAAAAGGAGAGGAUCCUUAUUUAUGCAGCCCAACGUUUUUUGAUUUUGUAAAUAUAUUUUUUAAAAAAGGAGUGUUUUUGCCAGAAUUUAUUUAUGACUUUUUGUAAUAGGAUUUGUAACAGGGGCCAAGAGAAACAUUUGAACGUGACAUUUUUAAAAUGUGUGUUCCAGGGGCAUCAGGCCUUUAGUAUUUUAUAACUUAUAAGGACUAUUUUAAAUGAAAUUUCUAGAUAAGACACCACCAAUACUAAAUUAGACACCUUAUUUACACUUUUCUACUUAAACUAGUUGACAGUAGAUUUAUUAUUAUGAAAAAUACCACUGACUUCUCUAAAAAAAACAAAAGAAAACUAAAGCCUGUUUUACACCACCAGAUUCACCACUUACCGUUCAAUAAACUUCAUAACCAAUGUAUUUUUCUUGUUCUUUAAAUUCACUUUGUAUAUCAUUUUCAGUUUCUGAAAUCACAUCUUGGUGACUUUAUUUUUUAGCUAGUUUGAAGCACCUCUGUGGCCUCAGUAGAGCUCUCAAACGUCUAAUCUCCCAAAGUACAGCGGGUACACCAGAGUGUAACCAUUAACCUGUACCUUGUGGGGAAUGUCCUAAACACAAAUGAGGUAUUUCUUACAUCUCCUGGGAGUGUUGCAGGAGGGCAGGUUAAUAGUUACACUCUGGUGUACCCGCUGUACUUGGAUGUUCAUUUCUAAGAGCUUUGUGACAGAAAGAAAAUAAAAGGACAUGUAAGCAAGGAGAAUGCAUUGAGGAGUGCUGCAUCACAGUGUACGCAAGGAGAAUGCAGUGAGGAGUGGUGCAUCACAGUGUACGCAAGGAGAAUGCAGUGAGGAGUGGUGUUUCGCAGUGUAAGCAAGUAGAAUGCAUUGAGGAGUGGUGCAUCACAGUGUAAGCAAGGAGAAUGCAGUGAGGAGUGGUGUUUCGCAGCCUUGCCGAGGUGUGCAUCGAGGAGUGGUGUUUCGCAGCCUUGCCGAGGUGUGCAGCGAGGAGUGGUGUUUCGCAGCCUUGCCGAGGUGUGCAGCGAGGAGUGGUGUUUCGCAGCCUUGCCGAGGUGUGCAGCGAGGAGUGGUGUUUCGCAGCCUUGCCGAGGUGUGCAGCGAGGAGUGGUGUUUCGCAGCCUUGCCGAGGUGUGCAGCGAGGAGUGGUGUUUCGCAGCCUUGCCGAGGUGUGCAGUGAGGAGUGGUGCUUCGCAGUGUAAGCAAGGAGAAUGCAGCGAGGAGUGAUGUUACGCAGCCUUGCCGAGGUGUGCAGUGAGGAGUGGUGUUUCGCAGCCUUGCCGAGGUGUGCAGUGAGGAGUGGUGUUUCGCAGCCUUGCCGAGGUGUGCAGUGAGGAGUGGUGUUUCGCAGCCUUGCCGAGGUGUGCAGUGAGGAGUGGUGUUUCGCAGCCUUGCCGGGGUGUGCAGUGAGGAGUGGUGUUUCGCAGCCUUGCCGAGGUGUGCAGUGAGGAGUGGUGUUUCGCAGCCUUGCCGAGGUGUGCAGUGACACCGUUCUCAUGUCAGGGAAGCAAAGUUUUCCUGAGGUGACUAAUAAGACCACUAAUUAAUUAGAUGAGUUUUGAUAACUAUCAGAUACAAAGGGAUAUGUCCCUUCCCUUACCCUAACUUAGAAGAUAAAUCUUUUUGUAUAAACCAGGAUUUUUAUACAAUCUUCAUUUCAGAACUAAAAAAUAACUGCAUUUAUCACCUUUAAACCAAAUAUAAAGUAUUCUGUCCUUAACUUUAAAUAUUUUAUUACGUCAAAUAGAAACAGUGCUAUUUUAAACUCUCUGUAAGCAAAGAUGUGUGCCUACGCUUAAAUGAAGGUGACUAACUCGACUUCAUAUUCCAGGCACACACAUUUACAUUGUUUCUUGUUUUUAAAGGGGUAGGGAUUUUAGCAUCGUUUUACAUUUGUGAAGCUGUUUUUUGAAAAGGCACGAGUAGUUGGAUGUUGAUCCUAGCUUUUUCAUUUCAUUUUUGCUCCUGUCAGCAUUUCUCCAACAGCCGUUUGUAGAGCUUGCCAAAAAAUACAUUCACAAGCUGGGUGUGCUUUGCAUUAUACCUAUAAGGGCUUGAGACAUAGACAUUUUUGUAGGUAGGAUCAAUUAUAAAACUGCAUUGAAGUCUUGCUAGUUUAGCAGCACAGUAUUAAAUGAACCUAAGACAAUUAAUAUAAAGAGGUAGCAUAGUACUGACUGUACAUGUAUUGUAUAAAUAGGGCGAUUUCUUAAGUUCUGAUUUUAGUAAAACUGAAAAACUUAAAUGACCAAACCUUCGACUAGAAGCCUUUCCUCGGUGUCUUCAGGAGUUUUAUUUGAAACGUUUGACGUGAAAUGUAUUGUUUAUUUCAGUAUUACAAAAUGUAACACUAUUGAGUUUUAUAGUUAUGGAUGAAAUUCUGAUUUUUAACCAGAAAACAACACCUGAAAGAAAAGAAAAUCUGUGUUUUAUAAAGAAUACCAGAGGCUAAUCAUAUUAUUAAGGUACAGCACACACAGUUCAUUUGAGUCAUUCUCUGGAUGCAUCAAAACUCCAGUGCUUGAUUUCUGUAUAUGCAGGGUGGUUAACGGUGCACCACAGGAACAAAUAUUAGUAUGGAACAUGUCAUAGACAACUCGGUCCAAGGACACUGGAAAACUUAUUGAGGACACUGAAAACCCUGGAUUUUUACAGGACUGUCAACCUCACACACAUCACCUAGCGAACUGGAGUCAAAGAACAAAGUCACCCUGCAUGUUCACUUCAGGACCAGGUGUGUAAUAUCAGAGUAACCCACGUGGUCUUGGUUAGAUUCACUUUGUACACCUUUUUUUGUUUAAGACAGGAGUUAAAGCAGUAGAGCUCUCAAACUUCUCUCUAGGUUCAUCUGGUACACCAGAGUGUAACAGUUAACACGUUCCCCUGCAACACCCUAGAGGAUGUAAGAAAUACAUCAAUGAGCAAUACAACAUAGAGCGCAUGUGGUUUUUCUCACAUGUUUACACUGUAUGUUGGGUUGAGAGCUCUUGAGGCCACGGGUUCUUUUGAAUUUUGUUUUUUAAAGCACUGAAUUAAAUGUAACUUUUCUACACUUUAGUUUCAUGAAUAUUUGCCAUUGAUAAUACAUUGUCAAAAUGAGCCGCUGUAGGGGAGGUGUAGUUUUAACAUUGGUUUUGUCAAAAAUAAAUGUUUUUUAAGCCAUUGGCCAAAACCCAUCCCUUCCCACUAAGAAUCCUAGUCACGGUUUAGUGUGGCAAACUCCAGCCUGCCCUUCCUUCAGAGGGGAUGAGAAUGAGCAGGAAUAUUGCCUGCUUAUUCAUUCAUGCGUAAACUCCAGCCUGCCCUUCCUUCAGAGGGGAUGAGAAUGAGCAGGAAUAUUGCCUGCUUAUUCAUUCAUGUGUAAACUCCAGCCUGCCCUUCCUUCAGAGGGGAUGAGAAUGAGCAGGAAUAUUGCCUGCUUAUUCAUUCAUGCGUAAACGUCCAUCAGUAGCAGAAGAAGGGCUUUUUAUGUAGACUGAAAAACAGAAAUUAUUUCAGACCGUUGAAGGCUGAAAGUCUGAACUGACCGGAUGUUUUAGGUUUGACCAGAAAUAACUUCGCUUUUGAUCUGGAAUUUUAAUGUAAAUGUUGAUUUUAAGCUAUUUUAAAAUCAUGCUUUUCAAGGGUACUCGUAUGUGUAACAAGGUUUUACUUUUUAUAUAAAUACCACACAUUUUAACUUGCAUUUUUAAUUGACUAGCUCAAUUUUUCAUGUAUUUGCCUAUUUUUUUUUGCCCAUUUGUGCUGCACACCCCUAAAACUCUAGAAUAAUAGUUUAAUAGUUUUUUGUUUGUUUGUUAACCUUUAAAACGGUCGGAUCGCCUUCCUUGCGUUUUUGUAUUUUUGUCUAAUAUGACCUCACUAUUGCUAUAGACUGAUGUUUACUGACUGAUGUUUACAUUUGAUAAUGCUUACAUGCAGUAUGUGUAGGAAGUAACUUUGCUAAACAGGUGCUCCCGAGUAAAGGUGCUCCGCGUGGAGUGCAGGAUGCGCCCUAUAGCCUGGACGUUGCCGGUUCGAGUCCAGGCUAUUCCACUGCUGACCGUGGACGGGAGCUCCCAGGGGGCAGCACACAAUUGGCCGAGCGCCGCCCGGGGGAGGGAGGGUUAGGUUGGCCAGGGUGUCUUCGGCUCACCGCGCACCAGUGACCCCUGUAAUCUGGCCGGGCGCCUGCAGGCUUGCCUGUAAGUUACCCAGAACUGCGUUGUCCUCCGACGCUGUAGCUCUGAGCUUGCAUGGUGGGUCUGCAGUGUGAAAAGAAGCGGUCAGCUGACGGCACACACUUUGGAGGACAGCUUUUGUUCGCCUUCGCUCUCCCGAGUCAGCGCAGGGGUGUGAACUGAGCCUAAAAAUAAUUGGCCAUUCCAAAUUGGGAGAAAAUGAGAAACAAUUGAUGACCUACUAAAUUAAAAAAAAAGUAACUUUGCUAAAUGAAAGACAAAAAAAAAGUUACAAAUAUUAAAACUCCCUACCCUCGUGGAGCUUCGUGUUAACAUGUUUUUUAACUGAAUUUGUACUGUAAUGUGUAUCCCUGUAUAUUUUGAUAUGGGAAUGGUGUCCUUGCACAGUGAUUCAGUGUUUUAUAUAUAACAUAUUGAGGGUUUUUGUACAAGAUUUAAGUGUGAUUUUCAAAUUCCGAGGAUCUGCAAGAUGGAAAGUGUGCCUACAAGUGAAACCCCCAAAAAAAUGAUUUACUUUGAGAUAUUAUAGAAUAUAUAGGGUAUGUGCAGAGAUAUUUGUAUUGAAUCCUGUCAGUGUUUAUCUUCUAAACACUGAAACAACACCAGAGAUUGUUUUGUUGAGGUGCAGCGCAUACUGUUCUGUGCUGUUAUUUCAUUGGAGCUGCUCUCCGGACGCCUCAAUACAUCAAAACUCCACUAGUUAAAUGCUGUAUGCUGUGCAAUCACACUUUUUCCUACUUUGCAUACAUUUUGCAUACAUCUUUAAAACGUAUUUGACUGUUGCCGGUACUCCCUUCUCAUAAUGCCAGGUAGCAUGCUCAAGAUUGAAGUUGUUUAAAGAUGGUGCUCACAUAAAAAAAAAAAAAUGGAUGCAAAGUAGGAACAAAAUUGCAAAAGUGAGCGUGCUUUCCAUACGGCAGGAGGGGGGGGGGGGGGGGAAUGUUGCAAUAGACUGAAAGUUCUGAAUCUAUGCUGUGGUAGUAGAAACAGCUAUAGGAAAUAUUUCUUUUUUGGCCGUUGCUUGAAGGCACUAUUCCCAUCUUCUAGACUCUUGUCCUUUUCCCCGUUUUUAAAAUUCAUCCUUUUUAAAGUAGUUCUUAUAGAGCUACUUUAAAAUUCCACUUAACCCAAGGUAAACAAGAACACCCUAAAUGAGGGGGUUCAAAAUGUACCUCUCAUUUGCACUACAGUUACUAUUGGGGUUGAUUGUUUUUAAUUGUAUUUUAAAUGUAGAAAAAAAGGUUUGAAGUUGCUUUUGCUUCUUGGGACUUUAGCGGUGGUUAAUCCAGUAGACCAUGUGACAUAUUGUACUUGACAGGAUGUGGCUAGGCACCAAGAAUCUAUUGCACUGUAAUUGAAGAACUGGAAACAAAAAGAAAAGGGGGACCAGAGAUGCUAAUAAAAUAAUAGCUUAGGCACUGUGCUACACAGUGUUUACCAGGAUAUUCCAUUUUAUUAGCACAUCCGUGAAGUAAACUCCUUCCAACAACUGACUCUAGGAUCUUAUUUCAGUUAUGAUGUCACUAUCCUGUUAUUGCUUAAAGUACCAAAUUAAAAACAGCACUAUAGUUUUUAUUGCUAAUGCUACCUAAAAUGCCAAAAAACAUCUUUAGUCAUUUUUAUCACAGUUGUCUGUUUUAUUAUCUGCUUCUUUGUAAAAGCUGUUCUAAAGAGAGUGCUGAUAUCAUUUAGAUUGAAUCUCGGGUUUGAUAUUAUCAGGUAAAACUAUAAGAAACUAGGUGAAACUUGGCUUAUAGAUUAACAUUCUGACCGUUUUGAAGUUGUUGUUUACACUUUUCCGAACAAAACAAAAAAAGGACAAAGGCGUGUGGUUUUAAGAUAUUUACUGUGUUUGUAAAUCUCAAUUUGGAAAGCCACUCCUUUUUCAAUGUAGUACUGUAUGAAGUGGUUUGUGUAUUACAGUAGAUGUGUUGCAAAGCUAUAGUACAUACAUUCUCAUCUUCCUGUGCAUGUUUGCAUGUCACGGGUAACAGACACAUGCUAUGCACAUGCUUCUGUGCCAUGACACAGAUCACAGUGUAAGAGACCACAUCGUGCCCUGGCUUGAUAAUGUUAGUUGCAAGCACCACUGAAUGUUGUAUAAAGACAGCCAUCAGUUCAGCAUGGUUGAUGGUAAUAUGAGUAACUUUGUAUGUGUUUGGGAACAGGGUUGCUUUCUAUAUGUUUGAGUUUGUACAGUGUUGGAUUGGGCAAAAUGUGUACUGCCUGCCAAGGGAAAACAAUGUGCAUGUUGCCUACCUGCGGUGAUGUGUCUGAAUACAGGUCAAUAUUGAGAACGCCUACUUUCUGGGUUCUAAAUGCUGUCAUUAUGUUGUAAUAAAUUCAUUUGCAAAUGAAGUUUGAUAUGAAA